AUGUCUUCCGUCGACAAAGUAGUCACCACAGCUGACCUGCCACAGAGCAUCCGCCGAUCCACGCUCGACCCAGAGAUCAAGGCUUUUCUUCAGUCCACCAAACUGACGUUGGGAGGGAAGGAGCCUUUCACUGACGAACGUCGCCACCACACCGAGGUGCUUGCCGUUGCGCCUCCCCAGCACCUGCAGCAUGUUAAGGUAGAACCUCUGAUUCUCCCGGGACCCGUGGGGGAUAUGAACGUGCGGUGCUACCACCCGUCGACGCAGUCGAAGGGACAAGCCAAGGAUAAAGCCGGCGCCUUGAUUUAUAUUCACGGCGGAGGAUGGACGGUGGGGAGUCUCCCUGAAUUCGACACGUUCUUCCGGAUUAUGGCAGAAGAGGGCGGGGUGCAGGUAUAUGCGCUCGAGUAUCGAUUGGCACCGGAGUGGAAGUACCCCACUCAGCUUCACGAAGUUGAGGCAACUUUGAAGUGGCUGCAUGAGAAAGCCUCUGCUCGCGGUGUCGACCCUAACCGCAUCGCGGUCGGAGGCGACAGUGCUGGGGGUAAUAUGAGCGCUGUAACCGCCCUGCGGAUGAGAGAAAAGAGCGGACCGAAGAUCGCGCUGCAAGUUCUUCUGUAUCCGGAAUGCAAAGUUCCCUUCGAGACUCAGGCAGGCUCCGAGAACUGUACCGGGUUAUAUCUCGAGACGCAAGGGGUGUUCCUGUUCGCCUGGAAUAUGCUGCCACAAGGCAAGAACCACACUGAUUACGACAUUUCGCCCCUGCUUGCCGACAAGACUCUUGAUAAAGGCCACAAGAAUUUACCCAAAGCGUUUAUAGUCACCAACGGGUUCGAUCCGCUCCGAGACACCGGGUUCGAGUACGCGAAGAAACUGAAGGAGGCUGGGAACGAGGUCCUGUACGUGAACCACGAAGACCUUACGCACGGGUUCAUACAGUUCACGAAGUGGAGCAAGAGGGCUAUGGACGAGACCGUCGAGUUGGCGAGGGUUGUGGGGCGAGAGCUAUCGGCUUGA